AUGGAGUUCGUCGAACCCCUCAACCGCCGGCAAGAUGCCUCCGACUCCGAUACCCUCCCCAAAGGCUGGGUCAUUGACGAUGACGGCGUCGCCCGCCCCUGGUGGUACUCGCGCCAGGGCUACAUCGUCAAGUGGUCCAUCUUCUUCGGCCUCCUCUUCCUCAUCUGCUCCUACAUGCUCAUCGGCUACAUCCACGCCAAGUCCCGCGUGAAGAAGGGUCUCCCCUCUCUACUACCACCGCUGGUUCCCGGCUACUAUCCCUACCAGGCCCCGCCCCCAGUACCAAAUGUACCCCGUCGCCCCGCCUCCCGUCUACGAGCCCCCGCCGGCGCCUCCAAGGCCGACCCCUCGCAGCAGUUCGCCGCCCCGCCUCCCAACCCCUUUGCCGAUCCCGAGGCCGCUCAUCCCGGCACCGGCGCUCAGGGCGAGUUUGCGCCUCCGCCCGGUCCCCGCCAUCCGCAGCUCCCUCUGGCGGCGUUUCGGGCUUGA